UUUGAUGGGUUAUCAGCUCAAAACACGUACUCACAAGCUUUUGAAAGCGGUGCUUCUUGACACCUUCAAUGUGCCAAUGAUUGCACCAUCAACCUCGUCUGAUAGUUUGUAGUGCUUGUUCAAAGCAUCUAUCUUAUCUCCUAUUGAGUAUUGGUAGCUUGGAACUAACUUAUUUGCUUAUCCAAGGUACCGGUACACCAUGUUUGUAGCCAAAUUGGUCAGUCUCUUCCUAUUGGUGGCAUCCGGGCAAGUUGGAGCUUUUGCCUCCACAUCUUCGCCACUGUUACGAGUAGAAUCCUGGGCACUGCAUCGGAACUAUAAUAGCAACAAGAACAACAAUCCACUACUAGUUUCCAAUACUUCUCCAAGAAGACAAUCUGCUUCCUCCGUGAGCUUGGCGCUGGCGUUUCCUCGUGGUGGAGCAGCAGCAGCAGCUGCAUCGGAAUCCGUACUCUCCAAGUUAUCCAAAUGGAACUCGACUCCCUCCACGUUGUUCAAUACAUCUCUGAUUGCCUUGGCAUUGAUCACGGCCGUCUUCAAAGUGGCACAACGAGCCGAAUCCUCUAGUAGUGACGAUGCUACCGAAGCUACCGCCAAACCCGCCAGUAUCGUAUCCCUCCAACGACGGUUCUUGGCCGUAUUUUGGUUGCUACGAUGUGCCGAUUGGCUACAAGGACCUUACUUUUACGAAGUCUAUGCCUCCAAAGUUUUUAAUGGAGCCAAGGCAUCCAUGAGUUUGGUCAGUAAGCUAUUUCUCACGGGAUUUGCUUCCACGGCACUCUUUGGUCCCCUGGUCGGGCGUGCCACGGACAAUUACGGACGCAAAAAGGGAACCUUGGCAUUUUCCAUCAUUUACGCCUUGGGGGCCAUUUCCACAAAAAGUCCACUCCUCAAGGUACUCUUCUUGGGACGAGUUUUGAGCGGCAUUGGAACCAGUCUCUUGUUUAGUGCACCCGAAUCGUGGCUUGUGGGAGAAGCACAAAAGAGUGGGGAUGAUCCCAAUGGAAAAUAUCUGGGAGAGACAUUUGGGUUGGCAUACGCCGGAGAUUCCAUUGUCGCCAUUCUAGCCGGACAGUUGGCAUCCAUAGCAGCCACCAAACGAGGACCUACGGGACCCUUUGAAUUGUCCACGGGAUUCCUCCUUGUCGGUGGCCUCAUUGCUUCACUGCUUUGGAAGGAAAAUGUGGCGGAAAGCAGCGCCGAUAGCAACGCAAAGCCAUCCAUCCGGGAAGCUGUAGAAGUGGUAAAGAAUGACCCCAAAAUCAUGCUGGUGGGAGCCACCCAAAGUCUAUUUGAGGCUGCCAUGUACAUUUUUGUUCUGCAAUGGCCACCCGCCAUUAGCAAAUCUGUCGUCAAGGCGUUUGGGGAAGGAAGUGCCACUCCGUAUGGUACAGUCUUUUCCUGUUUCAUGGCAUGUUGUCUCUUGGGAUCCACACUGUUUGGACAAUUGGCCAAAAUGGGUGUGGCAACCGAAGUCUUCACGUCUGUCUUUUUGGCUGUUGCCACGUUGGCCAUGACCGCUGCCACUUUCACCGUUUCAGCCACAUCUUCUGCCAUUAGCAUGAGCUUGGCCGGAUUGAUGGCUUCCUUCUUUGCCUUUGAAGCAACCGUGGGAAUGUACUUUCCAAGCAUUGGCACGCUGAGAAGCAAAUACGUUCCCGAUUCACACCGGUCCGUCAUCAUGAACCUGUUUGGUAUUCCAUUAAAUCUGCUGGUGGUCAGUGUAUUUUUAUCCACUGAAAUGCUUGGGUUGAAGGGGGCGCUGGCAGUGUCAUCGGGAGCUCUUGGCGUUGCGUCCCUAUGCAUGUUUAAGCUACGUUCUAUGGUGGCUACAUCCUCCUAAUUGCUAACGAGAGAAACAUCUCUAAAUUACUCUAUCACACGAUGUUCUAUGAUU